UGACGGUGACAAUUUUCCGCACUGACCCUAUAGUCAUUGAAUUAAGUUCGGUAUUUCAGUAUUUUAAGUUCAAGAACCGCACUAUCACAGUGCCUUUACAUUUCAGAAGCUUUAUCUUCAUGUUUCCGUACCGUGUACUUUGAUAAGACAUAUGGUUUUUUUUAUCAUACUUGAUUCCAAUUUGAAAUUCGCUAUAAAUUACACAUCCAGCUAUUCUACUUUCAUAGUUAACCUGUUGAACGCUAAGAAAUAUAACCCUUUCGAAAUGAGCAAAUCUGGAGGUCUGUCUUCAAAACAUUAUUCAAGAUUAUUUUUACCUCAUUUAAAAAAACUAUAUCUUUCAGCGUUUUCGUUGCUUGUCAUAGCCAUCUUUGUAAUAACCGCAGUAGCACCUGAAUCACUUAAUUGCGUGGGUAACGUGGGUAUUACUUACUUCCCCAAUCCAGAUGCAUGCAAUGCAUUUGUUGUGUGCGUAGAAGAUUCAAUACUCUUCUUGGCGUGCGCGGAUGGUCUCAUUUUUGACAUAUUCACACUCAAGUGCAGUGAUCCCGCAACUUCUGUUUGUCUAGCGGAUCUAAUUGGCUCAACCGUACCACCAGAGUCCACCAGUUUAUCGACAACGGCAAUCACAACUCAACAUCCACCGAACACACCAGGCACUAGCGAAGAACCCAGCUGCCCAGAUCGAGGACUACAUUUUUAUCCCCACUUGACCGACUGUCAGCGAUACCACAAGUGUCUAUAUGGUAAGCUCUUCGUGCUGUCGUGUCCACUUACUUUGCUCUGGAACCAGGAGAUACAGUUCUGUGACUUCCGAUGGAAUGUUCCAUGUAAGAACACCUAAUAGCGUGAUAAUUGAUGAAUAAAUAAUGGCCAAUCGUAGUAGGCAACAAUGGGAGUGAACGUCCACAAAUAAAUGAAAUGUUUGGAGUUUAGAGUGAUAACAAGAUGUGUCAAAAUUUAUUGUUCAAACGAAAAUCUGUGGGGGCGGUAGUAAAAUGGUUCAACCGGAUCAAUCAACGGUAUUUAUUAAACUUUUUUUUAUUGCUUUGUCGGCUCCCAAAUAUGUCCUCAAAAGAUAAUAAAAUAUAGAGUUAUUUCGAGUGGCUCACUGCUGCAGGAUAAUAUGUAGUGUUACCUUAUUGCUGAUUCCACUUCUUUGAACAAGAGCUGCUUGGGAUAGUUGAUAUCGAUCCCAAAAUAAUUAAGCAGUAAGAAUUGUUUACUAUUU